AUGGAGAAGUUCCGACAGUUCGUCAUCCAUCUGUUGCUCCUCCGCAAACGCGAUUCUUCUCUCCACACAUGCGAGCUCAGGUUACAGGACCCGAACAACCUUGUUAGCCACAGGUUGUGUGAUGAUAAACUCGGUCUGAAUCUCUGGAUCCACCAUAUUGUAGACUGUGAAGUUCGGAUACUCAGGCUCGAAAUCCACGACCUUCGUUUCAAAUUUGGCAUGCCUCUUGUCUCUCAGCACUUGACAACGCUAGCACUUGUCGGUGUAGCGUUAACCGACAAUCUCUGCAACUUCUCAAAUUGUCCGAAUCUGGAAAAUCUAGAGUUCGCUGAGUCUGAAUUCUAUUGGGUGCAGGAGAUCUCUUCAAAAUCCCUGAAACACCUUAUCAUCAGCCGUUCACGUGAUUUUGAUACGGGAUCGGAAUGGCACACUCUUAUUUGUACGCCAAACCUUGUUUCACUUAGGUUAGAUAUGCAUUUCAGCUCGCUUCCUGUUCUGGAUAGCAUGCCGUCAUUCAAGGAGGCUUUUUUGAGAGAUCCUAUGGAGGAUUGUAUGGAUACGGAAUGUUACACUUGUUACGACGACGGACUCGCUGGAUACGAAUACACCGAGUGUAUUCUUUUGCAAGGAUUGUCGGAAGCUGAGAAUUUGACAUUGAUGUCUGAGUACAAUGGGGGACCUCAACGUAAACUGGAAAUGAUAGGAAGGUACAAUCAAAUGAAGAGAUCAGCUACUAUAUCAAAACACCUGAAGGAAAUCAGAGUCAAAUGUGAAGUAGUUAACAAGAAAGUUUACAAAGUUUUGAAGUUUCUGGGUACAUUUGGCAUACAGAGCUACGAGAUAUACAGAGAGGAGCCAAAAUUAAAUUGCUCUGCAUAA